CCUCACAAAUUAGGGCUCAUGGACAAAUGGACAAAGGCUAUUGAUCCUAAAGCAACCAGAAGUGAAUCUUUACAGCAACAGAGGCUGAACAAGGAGCUGUGGAAAGAAAGAACACAUGAGGUGCACAAAUAUAUUGCAAGAUGGGUCUAUACUCAUGGAAUUUCAUUCAAUGCAUGUGACAAUGAUGAGUUCAAGCAGAUGUGUGAAGCCAUUGGCCAGUUUGGACCUGGACUUGAACCUCCAUGUCAGGAUUCUCUGCGAGAGAAAUUGCUGAAGAAGAAUAUGCAAGAACCAAGAGCUUGUUGCAAGAACGUGAAGCCGAGAAGAUGAAGAAUGGGUGCUCUAUUAUGACUGAUACAUGGACAGACAGGAAGAGGAGAAGCAUAAUGAACCUGUGCACCAAUUGUGCUGAUGGAACAAGCUUUAUCAGCUCAAUGGAGAUGUCAGAUGUGUCACACACAAGUGAAGUCAUCUUUGAACUAGUGGACAAAGCAAUUGAAGACAUUGGUCCAGAAAAUGUUGUGCAAGUAGUGACAGAUAAUGCCUCUAACAACAUGGGAGCAAAGAAGCUAUUGCUUGAGAAGAGACCACAAAUAUUUUGGACCUCUUGUGCAACUCACACAAUAAACCUGAUGCUGCAAGGAAUUGGCAAUUUGGCUCGGUUCAAGAAGGUGAUUGAGCAAGCAAAGGCAUUCACUAUAUUUGUCUACGGGCACACAAGAACAUUAGAAUGCAUGAGAUAUUUCACAGAGGGGAAAGAGAUAGUAAGGCCAGGAGUGACUAGGUUUGCUUCAACUUUUCUCACAUUGAAUAGCAUACUAGAGAAGAAGGACCAGCUAAGAAAGAUGGUGGUUCAUAAUAGGUGGGACUCACUGAGGGAUGUAAAAUCAAAGAAAGUAAA